AUGUCCGACUAUUGCAAGAAGUGGGAGAAGAUCCACCGAGUCACUCUCCAUCCUAACCGGGUCAUUUGGGCCAAACAACUCAAGAGCAUGUUCCGGACCAAGGCUGCGAAGGCGUACACACAUUCCUCUCCAUUAUACGCCCUAUCACGCACAGCUCAACUGCGAAAAUUCUGCUUGGACGAUGCGUCCGAACCGAUGACUCGCGGAGUUGCCUAGUGAGUUUUCUUCUCCAUCCGACGCAUUGUCGCGCUUGCAUCUGCUAAUGCAUGGCUUACACGUCGUACGUGUGUCCCGCAGUUUUCAACCUUUUAACGCCACGAACAACGAGUCACUCAUUUGCGUACUCGCAUCCUUGCAUUCGAUCGAUAUCCUGAUCGCCUUUGCCACCAUGGGAAACGUUGCCGAAGACGGUUCGCGAUUCCUUGGGAUUGAUUCGUCUUGGCGGUAUCUGAAUGAGAACCGCGCCCCGCUUACCAUUCUUGCGACGAUGGGUACGAACGAACAGAUGGCGUUGGGUUAGUCGCGAAGGAGGCCCUGCCCAAUCCCGUGCCUGCUUGCGAGUCUCAGCGUCUUCAGCCUUCGGCGCUGAUCAGUUUUCGCACAUUCUCUUUUCUGUAGGGCCUAUGCUACUCUCGAGUGACGUCAAGCAAGGGACGUUGCUGCAUUAUUUGGACGUUGUGAAGGACCUAGUCGAAAAACGGGCCGCCAUUAUUGUCAGAGGUAGGUUCGGCAGUCAGUCUGUCGAUACUUCGGCCUUGACACAGCGCAUUGACAUGUCUUUCGCGAAGCGUAGAUGCUCAACGGGGCUCCGUCAGCGAACUGCCCGGUAACCUGCCCAAUCUGCUGGAGAACGCUCAGUAUAUUGUACAGCACCAGUGGCAACCGCCCAACUUGAUGAUCGACAAGUGCAGGACCGAACUGAGCGCCCUCAAAAAAUGUGAGGCGCUUUCCUCUUAAGCGGUGAUCAUUGGUCUCAGGGGUUAUUUUAUCUGACCUAUCAUUUUUUUCGAUCUCCCCUCACGGGUCUGUGUCUGCAACAGGGGCAUUGCGGCAUGGGCUCGAGUUUCAAAUUCGACUUUGUCAGUUUCAUGCGAUUCAAGCAAUUACUCGGUGGUCAACGGAUGCAACCCAUGCGAGCAAGACCGACAGGUCCCCAGUAUCAAAGCCCAUAUUGGUCCAUAUUUUGCGUGAUUUUCGUUCAAUCAUCCAACGCUUCCGGUUCGUCAGGGGUCCACAGGAAACGGAGGAGCUUGCAAACGUGCGACGACGUCAGGAAUUUGACGCAAGAGCGCAGACGUUUCUAACCCGAACCGAUGAAUGGAUCCUUAAGUCGCACUCAUCCGAUGAAACGUCAACAACGGAUGUUGGGAAGGCAAAGAUCAAGAAGUUGCAGCUACAAGUUCGUGACUACUUCACGCAGAAUUGGUUCGUGGAUGCUUGGAUUGGUCAGUCCCAGAGCAAGAGCCAGUUUGCAUUUGGGAUGCAAGGGCAGCCAAGUGACCAGACUGCGCAUUCACCACAGAAACAUUUGUAGACGAUGGUCUACCAUUGGGAGUAGCUCGAGAUGAUAUCAAUACAAACAACAUUACUGAACGAGCUUUCAAACGAAUUCAGCAAGAGCAUCUCCAAGGUCGAGCAAAUAAACGGUAAGCUGGCUCGAGUCACGUAGAAAAUGAGUAAAACAGACUUGCUGAGGCCCGCACCAUCCCGCUGUCGGUAGCAUCGAUAAUCUAGUCAAUAUACUACUUGACAGCGCACUGAUUUACGACAUUUUCAAAGAUGUAACGAUUGCAACUCCGAAUGCGGCCGAAUGCGGAUCUCAGGCGAAUUCUGGCGAAAGCUCUGGACAUUUGGGAGAUGGGUGUUUUUCAACAGACGAAGAAGAGCUACGCUUGGGUGGUUUCAGCAGGGUUAGUUGCUCUCGGUCAACUUGCUCAAUACUACAUGUCUUCAGCUCUGGACUUACGUCAUUUCCUGCGGCUCUCUACGCAAAAUGCAGAGAUGGUUUCGAGCCUAGAAUAGUGGACAUGCGCUUGCCGAAAUGCAAAUGCUCAGAUUUCGACCAGUCAGGCAAGCGCUGCCCCCACCUGUGGGCAGUGGAUCUCCUGGUGAAUAAUGGGCCCUAUCACACUGUGAUGAGUACGAUAUUCAGCCUGUUUGCCAGACGGAACCCAUUGGGUGGCUUGCUAACACCACUCAACCACCUAUGCAGAGGAGCAGGCACGAGCUGCUAUGGAUCUCAAGGGGGCGCUUCAUGACGACAUUCCGCGCAGCAAGGUUCGGGAUUCGACAAUCGAGAUGGUGGUCAAUUGUGCGAUCAACGAAAAUCUCGCCAUUGAUGAUCUCCAUGGUAGUCUGUCAGAAGAAGAUGACGAGGAUGAUAGUUCCGGCGAAUCAGAAGCAGAGAUCGAAGUCGGGAAUCGUGCCGACGUCGAUAUGAAGGCCGCGACCAGCAGAGGUGAGGAGGACAUGUAUUGCCAGCCAGUUGAAGUACCUCGCACUCUCACUGACGCUCCGCGCCUUCGCACAGGUCCUUCGCCCAAGAACAAGCCUUUACAGCCAGGUCGGUCGAUCACGAAACCGAAAGGUCGAUCAAAGAAGAAGACGCGUUUGAACGUCACGGAGGAUGUCCAAGGUGCAACCUCUCCUACCAUCAAAAGUGCACCUCAUCUCGAGCAUACGGGCCGCCGGAAUGGAAACGCAGACAAACUCCUCAAGUCGCUAUUGCGGGACAAGCUCAAUCCAGCGUCUUUGCGUACUAAAACCGCGAAGGACAAGCCCUUCGCCGAUGAAGCAUUCUCAAAGACGCGUGGGCGACGACCUGAGACCAAGCCUUUCAACAGUCUCAUAGGAACCAAGCAUCAUCAAGCUGCCAAGGAGAUUACAGAUUGUCUAACAACCUUGGAAUGCCUCGACAUUGCAUAUUCUGACGAAGCGCUCUCUGACGACCAGAAACCUGCAUGCCCUUGCCCCCCUUUGGUCGAAGGCAUGUUGCAACCGUCGAUUUAUGCCACAGUCAACCCUGACAAUCGAAUGGCGAACGUGACUAAUAUACAGGCUGUCGUUGGAUCCAUCAAGCACCCUUAUACAGCGUCGCGACAAGACCGCUUUCCAUGGAUGAUUCAUUUAGACGUCCACCAGGAUGCGUAUGUGCCGGGGUUGAACUUGCGAACGCUGGCGACGCUCAACGACCCCGAAGAAUGGGUAAGUAGUGCUCAUAUCGAUGCGUUCGUCACUGCGAUCAAUCGGUUCGGUGGUCAGGCUGCGAUGCGGGAGGACCAGCGAUCAGCUGUGUCGGAUCGGACGCCAACGUGUUAUGGAUUCCACCCUCUCAAAGACUUUGGAGAAGACAUCGGAGGAAAAAAUCCUACCAACCGACAUCCCGGGGUGAGUUGAAUAUAUGCUCGGAUGCAUUUGUUGAGAGUUUGUAAGUACUAACCACUUACCUUACUUCUUCAUAGAUACGCCUCUCUCAGACUCCAGCGCUUCUAUUUCCAAUCCAUAUGCCCGGGCAUUGGGUGCUUGUUGAGGCCCGUCUGUCCGACCACACUUUCCGCUUCUAUGACUCGCUGCGGCGUUCUAAAGAAAGCGUAGACGACCCGAACAUUCCAUCGCCGGAACAAAACUUUGCCAAUUGUUUGAAGGUGAGAGGGAGAAACGACUUGUGUGGAUCCCGCUUACCUGAUAGGCUGACUAUAAUCCGCUGAGCUGAUGAUCGCAGAACAUCGUUCCUUUCCUCACGGCUCGGGCAGAAGGACCCAUCCCUCGUGUCACCGGAGGCAGUGACCGGCCCACAAUCCCGUACGCAGAGUGGGAGCGAGUGAUCGUGAAACCGCGAGUACCGAAGAAGGGAGACUUGAUGCCUAGGCCAGAGUUUACGCGACAGCCCGAUGGCAACGCUUGCGGCGUCUUCGUUUGUCGAACGAUGGAAACGUUGGUCGCGGCGGUUGCGUUUCAGUCUGAAUUAGACUGGAGCUGGAGCCCACUCAAGCCACUUCAGGACAACUUCUAUGCUGACCAACGCGCAUACAUGUUGGACGUUGUUAUUCAUGCUCGCUUGCGGUGUGACACGGAGUUGGAAGCAAAUUCUGACCCCCCUCCCCUCGAUUUGCGAGAGGGGACUGGAGCUCCUCCGCCGCUUCCCGGUCAGUCAUUCUACUGUUGAUCUCAACGAUCUGAUCUUAGUGAUAGUUCAUUCAAGCUUGCUUGAUGUUGAGGCUGACACUCUUGUGUAUGCAGAAUCUGUCCCACUCGCGCUCAAGGAGUGUUCGCCGGAGCUCGAAGAGAAGCCCUUGGGAUCGCCCGGCAUUGAAAUUUCCGCGCCUACCCUUGUUCUGAUUGACCCUUCAAUCGGCACAAUGUACACCUCUGAGUCCAAACCCGACGCUCAAUGUACUGCUCCGUUGAUUUCGCGAAGCCCGCGGCCCAACCCGGCACCGUCAAUUGAAACGAUUGGUUCGAUGCCAGAUGCGCCGCCAAUGAGACUCCAGAGGGUCGUAAGGUUCGACCCUACUCCCCCUCCGCCGGUGUCUGAGGCACUCGAGGUCGUUGCUUGCUUGCCAAGGUAUCAAACACGUAAAUUGGCCGUUCGGUCAAUUGCCGCUAUAUCCACAAGCGCCCCAAGCCCUCGCCGAUCGAAGCGCAAGAGGGAAGAAUUCUUUUUCAAAGCUGCGCGGCUUCGCUGA